UGCCUGGUGUGUCUGAUGUCCUACUGUGAGACUCACCUGGACCCUCAUCUGACAAGGUCAGGAUUGAAGAGACAUCAGCUGAUUGACCCUGUGGAGAACCUGGAAGGCAGAAUGUGUGAAAAACAUGACAAACUGCUGGAGCUGUUCUGUAAGAACGACCAGAUAUGUGUCUGCAUGCUCUGCACCUUUAAAGACCACAAGUCACAUGAUGUUGUUCCUCUGAAACAACAUCAUGUACGACUGAAGAUUCAGGAGAUCAAACAGUCAGUUGAGCUCAGCCAGAAAAAUGCAGACAAAGAGAAAUCAGCUGGUGUUCAGAUCUUCACUGCUCUGAUGGAGUCUGUUCAGAGAGGUCUGAACGAGCUCCUCAAGACCAUCGAGGAGAAGCAGAAGAUGACAGAGGACCAGGCUGAAGGCUUCAUCACAGAGCUGGAAUGUGAAAUCUCUGAGCUGCAGAAGAGGAGCUCUGAGGUGGAGCAGCUCUCACAGUCUGAAGACCACCUCCACCUCCUCCAAGGCUUCCAGUCCCUGAGCCCUGCUCCACCCACCAAGGACUGGACUGAGGUCAGAGUCCAUCCACCGUCAUAUGAGGGGAGUGUGAUGAGAGCUGUGAGUCAGCUGGAGGAGACCAUCAGAAAAAACAUGAAGAAGAAAGUGAGUGAGGCUGAACUGAAGAGGGUCCAGCAGUAUGCAGUGGAUGUGACUCUGGAUCCUGAUACAGCACAUCCUAAACUCAUCCUGUCUGAUGAUGGAAAACAAGUAAAAGAUAUACAGAAGAAUCUCCCAGACAACCCAGAGAGAUAUUCAACUUGUGUUUGUGUUUUGGCAAAGCACAGUUUCUCUGUAGGAAGAUUUUAUUUUGAGGUUCAGGUUAAAGGGAAGACUAAGUGGAUUUUAGGAGUGGCCAGAGAGUCCGUCAAGAGGAAAGGAAACAUUACAUUAAGACCUCAGGAUGGUUACUGGACAAUAUGCUUGAGGAAUGAAAAUGAGUACAAAGCUCUUUCUGGUCCUUCAGUCUGUCUCUCUGUGAGGUCUCAGCCUGAGAAGGUCGGGGUGUUUGUGGAUUAUGAGGAGGGUCUGAUCUCCUUUUACGAUGUUGAUGCUGCAGAUCUUCUUUACUCCUUUACUGGCUGCUCCUUCACUCAGAAAAUCUACCCAUAUUUUAAUACUUGCUUAAAUGAUGGUGGUAAAAACUCCGCCCCUCUGAUCAUCUGUCCUGUCAAUCAGAUUGAGUAACAAAUGUUUGAUUUUUUUUUUGUUUUGUAAAAAG